CGGCAGCCGUGCUGAGGCGGAUGCGGGGCCGGGGUCACGGCCGGGAGCGCCGGGCAGGUGGACUCUGAACCUGUUUUAUUCUACCCAUGGCUCCUACUGAACAGGAUAAUAGGAGGCAGGUAGGUAGGUAGAUAGAUAGGUAGGUAGGUGGAUAUUCAGAGGAAUGGACAGAAAGAUAGACGAUAGAUAGGUAGAUCCAUCCAUCCCUGCACAUCUGAAAUACAGCCAUCAAAGUACUGUCCAUAAUUAUCCCCUAUUUGGCUUUAUCCUGGCUUGUUUAUAACAAGCCCUUGGAACCUGGAAAUAAGAAUCUGCUUUCAAGCAGCCAUUUGAUUUCCUCAAUAAGCUGCAUUCAAUUACUCAGGCUGUUUAUGAGCUCUAAAUCAGAUGUAUUUCUGUACAGAGAAAAGCAAUCAUUUGUCCAAUUGGCCUUGCUCAUACACACAAAAGGAUGCAGUAAGAGCCUGCAGAUAAUAUAACAAGGUUCUUACUUGUUGAAAUUUUUGAUAAACAGCAAUGUCAAGAUUUCAGUAGUCACAAAAAUAACAGAAAUGUAAUUUUUUUAGGUCAUGCUUUUGCAAGUCACACGUGUAAAUAUCAGCCAACUGCUUCCAUUAACAAGAGUAUCCCCUGUUAACUUUUAUAUUUUUUCAAGAUGAAUAAUAAUAAACUAAUUCCCAAGCUUUCCGUUCACUCUCCUGUCCAUCAUGCCAACUUAAGCAUCCAGUCUUCAGAUCCACCUUUUAAGAAAGACUUAAAUCAGAUUUCAAAAGACUCCUUAGAAUCAGAUUCAGAAAGCCUCACCCAAGAGAUUAAGUCCCAGUCUGAAGUUGAGGGCCAAGACCAGAACAAAGAUAUGGAGCCUGACAGCUUAGAGGAAGACAACCCUGACCAGGAAAGCCUGAGUGAGACAGAAGAGGAAGCAAGCAGAAAAGCAGCUCAGAUGGCCAAAGAGAGAGACUUCCGCCUUGGGGACAGUCAACAACCGACAGAUGACAAAUAUUCAGACUUGCGAUAUGAUCCGAAUUGGAAGAAGAGGAAAGAGGAGGUGCAGUUGUUGGCAGCGGAGGGACUGCCCCGGUCUGCAGGCAGUUCUUUGGAAAACCUGCCCUCGGCUCCCCUCUACCCUUCCAAGGAGCCGUCCGUGGGACUUUCGGGUGGAACCGACAAAGAGAAGAGAAGCUCUCAGAGCGCAGUCUCCUUACUUGGAAGUGAAUUUUUAAGCCCAAACUAUGAGCAGGGAGACUGUCGCAAUGAGUGCUUUUUAGAGCUAAGUGACAGUGACCGGGAGGAAUCCAGCAACCUCUCUCAGAACCUGAAGAGUUCAAGUUCACAUAACGAGGUUUUCCUGCCAGGGACACGACAUGGCCGUCGGAGAAGGAAGUCCAAACAAUACUUCGUGGAAAAGAACAAGCUGACUUUGGGGAUACCCAUUCCUAAAACAGAUUCCUACCUUCAACUUCACAAUAAGAAAAUGGGGGAGCUUCACCUAGAGCAGGUCUCCUACCCCAUCAGAGUCGCUGGCAAGAUGACUAUUGAGCACACCAAAGAGAUUGAAAACACUGCCAUCGAUGCAGAGGACAAAUGGCAUCAAAGAGCCAGGCAGCUAAAGGAUUACCAGGAACGCUGGUCUCAACAGUCCAGCAGCGUCCCAAGAGGUCAGUCCUCUGAAACAACCGAGGGACAACAGCCCUGGGGAAGGCCAGCCAGACCCAAGCUUCGCAAGGAGCGCAAACGCCAGGGCCUCCUGCCUCCUUUCAGGGAAGAGGAGCUCAGGGUCAGUCACGGAAACCAGAGCGCCCCCUGGCAGCAGCAACACCCAGACAGCGACCUACCAGACAGGAGGGCACUUAGGGGCCAGAACCCCAGAGUCACUUCCAACAUCUUUGUUCCACCAAGUCAGGCUUUUGACAAGGUGUUACAUAAAAACUCUACUGGCUAUCACUCCAUGCUGAACCUUGAUAGAGAAAGAGGACUCAGACAUGAGGAAAAGAAAAGAUUUUCCUACCAACAGCUACCCAGCUACACUCUUGCUGCUAUGGAUCUGAACAACCUUAGUGAACUGUCUAAGAGACACGGGCCCCUAAGCCAGAAAGGGCCUUCAGCUGUUCAUGACACGAACGUCCACAGGCCGACAAAGCAUAAGAAAGCACCCAAACAGCCUUCCCCAGAGAUGAAAUAUAAGAACUUAGAAAUGUUAUGGAAAUUCCACUCUUCCGUGGAGAGUGAACCUAACAGAGCCUCCCCGGACUCCCGGCUCACACACAUCAUGGAUCAGCACCAGCAGGCCCUGGUGCAGCUGGCCGAGGUGCAGCCCCGCAAGGGAUCCCUACCCAGCCUCCUCACCUUCCCUCCCAUCCUACCCAGGGUGGAGAGUGAAUCCCAGCUCAGCUCAAAACAAAGCCACAGGCACCAGAUGAUGAAACUCAACCGUAGCAAUUCAGAAGGCUAUCUGUCUCAGCUGGAGAGGGCGGGGAAGCCCAGGAAAAGGAACAGCAUUAAGAGUUCUAAGCUGAAAGGCUAUCAGAAAAGGGACGUGACACUGGGAGGCCUGGGACCCGACCUGGAGUCCGUCAGAGACAAAAUGCAGAAGUUGGUGCAGCAGAAGGAGUAUGCGAGGCAAGUGAAGGAGUACAACAUGAAGACAUUCCCUGCUCCGUCCAAACCGCAGACCGCGAAGACGGAAAACAAGCCCACUCCCCCCCGGCACAAGGCUCUGGAAUAUGCAAAGACCAUCCCCAAACCCAAACCUCCAAAUCUGACAGACCAGGGAAGCAAGAAAAAGACAAAAGCAACCCAUGGCGAGAAAGAAGAAGGUCUCCCUGAAAUCUCACUGCUGGAGAUCCUGCAGAGCAGGCAUGAGAGAGAAAAGCAGGCCGUGGCUGCCUUCAAAGUCCUCCACAUUGUCUAGACACCAUUUGGUGGGAACCAAAGGCGCUCUGAGCCCCGACAUGGAGAGAAGUGCCAGCCACGCCCCCUGCGGUGAGAGUGGCCAUCCGGUCCUGUCCUGUCCUCCACCCAGCCGCAGCCCUGCGUGCUUUGUGUAGGAUUUCAUACUGGGGUCUGGUCAGAGAAUGGUACCAUGCUUUAUUUCCUGGGGAAAGAGCGUUUUUAUUUAUUUUUCAGGCCAGUUAAAAUUUGGGCUGAUAACCAGAAAAUAAAGCCAUUGAUUUUAUACUGGA